UUCCCAGUGCACCCUGUUACGUGCAUGAAGCCAUGACCGCCCUCCGCCGCUCUCCGCUCACCCUCCUCCGCCGGGCUUAUCAUCACACGCCCGCGCGCGCCGCCAAGCUCACCGUCGGCAUACGGCGUGAAGACCCCGCGCGCAUCUGGGAGCGACGGUGCCCGCUCACCCCGGAUGUCGUGCACGAGCUUGUCGAGAAGGAUGGGGUCGAGGUGCUUGUGCAGCCGUGCGACCGUAGGGUAUUUACUUCCAACGACUUCCUCAAGGCUGGAGCAAAGUUGCACCCGACUCUGCAACCCGCGCAUGUCAUAGUCGGCAUCAAGGAGACACCCCUCCCCGAAGUACUCACCGACCCGCUUCCCGCGCCCACCACUCAUGCGCACGACUUCUCCACGCCCGCACUCGUGCCGCGCACGCAGAUCAUGUUCUCGCACACAAUUAAGGGCCAGCUCUACAACAUGGAGCUCCUCGCCAAGUUCCUCGCGUCCGAGAACCCCAACGCCGCGCUGCUCCCGCGCCUCAUCGACUACGAGCUCCUCACCGGGGACGACGGCAAGCGCACCGUCGGGUUUGGAUGGUUCGCCGGUGUCGCCGGGGCACUUGAGGCGCUGUGCGCCAUGGCGCACGCCCAUCUCGAGCUUGGCGUCGCCAGUCCCUUCCUCUAUACCCCUCGUCCACAUACCCAGCCUUCGCUCGCAUCUAUUCGGUCUAUCCUGCGAGACGUCGUCGGGGCACGGAUAGUUUCGGACGGUACCCCUAGGAGUUUGGGGCCCAUCGUGAUUGGUGUUACAGGUACUGGCAAGGUCGCGCAAGGAUGCCUGGAUAUUCUUGAAGACCUGCCAACACAACCGAUUACGGUGGACCAGCUGCACAGUGUUGUAACCGAUCCUAAUACUGAUUUGCACAAGAUUUAUAUCCUACAUGCGCAUGCGAAAGACUACUUCGUCCGGCGAGAUGGCCGUCCAUUCGAACGCGCCGACUACUACGCCCAUCCAGACGCAUACGUCUCCGAAUUUCACACCAAGAUCGCCCCGUACCUGUCGCUACUCCUCCACGGGGCAGGCUGGGCACCCGCCUUCCCGCGUCUCAUGACGAACGAACAGCUCACAACGACGCUCACCCUCGCCCAAACGCUCGGCAAGGGCCGCUUCGCUUGCGUCGGCGACAUCAGCUGCGACGUCGAGGGAGGCCUCGAGUUCCUCUCACGGCACACGACGCUCUCUGCGCCCUUCUACAGCACACGGCCGGCGGGCCUCCCCGCGCACCUCCCGCCCGUCACGAUCAUGGCGGUCGACAUCCUGCCCACUGCGCUCCCGCUCGAGGCGUCGCAGCACUUCGCGCACGCGUUCCUCCCGUACCUCCGUUCCGUGCUAGCCGGGUAUUCGAACGCAGAGCCACCUGCGGAGAGCAGCAGUAAGGCGUUGAAGGAAUCGUUGGAGCGCGCGACGGUGACGCGUGGCGGGGAGCUCUCAAACGCGUUUGGGUGGUUGCGGGGGCCGCUGGGCGUGUGGAAGGACAGCUUGCAGGACACUGCUCCGAGCGCGAACGGCAUCACGGAAGAUGCGAAGCCUGCUGCCCCUGUUCCGGGUGCGCAGCCGCGGAAGAAGGUGCUCAUGCUGGGCAGCGGGAUGGUUGCGCCGCCUGCGGUCGCGGAGCUCUGCAAGCGGCCGGAUGUGGAAGUUAUUGUCGCGAGCAACUCGUUAGCGGACGCCAAGCGCUUGACCGACCCGUACACGAACGCGACGCCCGUGCUUGUAGACGUGAGCGACCCCGCAGCGGUCGAGCGGCUUGUCGCGGGUGCGGACGUGGUGAUCAGGUCCGCCGUUCGCAGCUUGCUGCCGGUGCCCUUCCACCCGUCCGUCGCGGAGCUGUGCAUCCGGAACCGCAAACACCUCAUGACCGCAUCGUACAUUUCCCCAGCCAUGCGCGCGCUGCACCAGAAAGCCGUCGAGGCAGACGUGCUGCUGAUGAACGAGAUCGGACUCGACCCUGGGAUCGACCACUGCUCCGCGAUGGCCCUGCUGGAGUCCCUCCGUGCGCAGGGGAAGGAGAUCGUGUCGUUCACGUCCUUCUGCGGCGGCCUGCCCGCGCCCGAGUGCGCAGACGUCCCGCUCGGGUACAAGUUCAGCUGGAGCCCGAAGGGCGUGCUGAGCGCCGCGUCGAACGCUGCGCGCUUCAAGCUCCGCAACGAGGUGUGCGAGAUCCCCGGGCCAGAACUACUUCGGAAACACUUCACCGACGUCCCGCUCACCAACGCCCGCUACGAGGGCCUCGCGAACCGCGACAGCCUGCCCUACGCGGACGCCUACGGCCUCGGCCCCGCGCGCACCGUCUUCCGCGGCACCCUGCGCCUCCCCGGCUUCGCAGACCUCAUGCACGCCUUCUCCGCGCUCGGCCUGCUCUCCGCCUCGCCCUCCGCCGCGCUGCGCCUCCCGCACUGGCACGCACUCACACGCAGUGCACUGGAAGUUCAGCUCGGCGCACGCAUCCCGGACGACCCCGCGUCGCUCCGCUCCGCACUCGCCGCCGUCGUGCAUGCGCCGCAGCUGGAGAACACGCUACACGCGCUGCGCUGGCUGGACAUCGUGCCGCCCGCGCUCGCCCCGGAUGGGGUGCGCGCGUACGCGGGCUACGACGCGUCGCUGCCGGCGCUGCCCCCUACGCCUGCCGCGCCGCUCGACCUGUUCGCAGUGCUGCUCGCGCACAAGCUAAGGUAUGCGCCCGGGGAGCGCGACCUUGUCGUGCUCUCGCACGAGAUCGUGGCGCGCGCGGCGGGCGCUGCGGACGGGGACGAGGAGGUGCACGCGUCGGAGCUCGUGGCGUACGGCAGUGGGGAGGGGAGCGCGAUGGCGCGCACGGUUGGGCUGCCGGUCGCGUUUGCGGCGCUGCAUGUUUUGGACGGGGGCGUGCGCGCGCGCGGGGUGCAGGCGCCGAUGGAGCGGGAAGUGUAUGGGCAUGUGUUGGCGAGGCUGGAGGAGGCGGGGCUGGGGAUGCGUGAGAGUGUGAGGGUGAGGAGUGGGGGUGUGGUUGAGCAGAGCUUGGAGAGGCGGUGGGGGGCGAUGGGGGAGAGUCAGUGAGGGGGGUGAGGUGGAAGGGGAUGUGACGGCGUGUAACAUAUUUGCUUGGACUUUGAUUAGAACGUGGAUUGGAUAACGACAUCGCUGUAUCAGCGGAUGGCAAGCUUUGCGAGCUUACAGGAUCCUGGGGUCUAAGCAGAAAGGGAGGAUAACUAAAAGGUCUCGAACGGUGGCAUUAUAUAGCAUACCCGACGUUUGGUGUGCCCGCUCAUUAAUUCGCUGAGCCGUCGGAGUCAUAUUCAUCUUGUACAUUCACAUCUUCGCUAUCUUCGUCGCCGUCUUCCAUCUCCUCCGACGUGAGCCCUGUCGGCCUAGAAUUCGGUUGGAGUAUUUGCAUAUGCUUGCGACCCGCCUGAAUUGCCUCCAUAAAUACGUACACCCUGCGCGCCAUCGGGUCACGGUCCAUCUCGAACUUCUCCAGUGUCGGAAACAAGCGGUCGAGCAGGAGCGCCACCUUGAAAUUUGUGCUCGGGUCUCUCGCCCGAGUCGGUAUCCACGACAGCUUGAGGGUAGUCGUCCGCCGUCCGAGCACGGGCACAGACUCCGGCAGCGGCAGCUGCGCGGCAGUCAGGGAGGGGAGCUCGAUGGCCUUCAACCGCGGACAGUGCUGCGCCAAGUCG